UUGGGCGGCAUGAAUAAGCUUGACGACCAGUCGUUCCUGGACGAGCUAUGUCCGUGCGGCGGAAGGAGGCGCCGGCGCCGGCUCCGGCUCCGUGGCAGGCGUACCCGGGCAGCGGCAUAAUGACGACGAGCGACCUCCUCUUCUACGGCGGCGAGGGCACCGCCGAGGCGAGCAGCGGCAUGGACUUUGCCUGCCCGUUUCAGCACCCCAUGGCGCCACCGCACCAGCCGCAUGAGGAGUUCAACUUCGACUGCCUCAGCGAAGUGUGCAACCCUUACAGGAGCUGCGUCGGCAUCGUCCCUGGGCCUGGGGCCGGCCAGGCGCUCGCUCAGGAUCCACUGCACGACGCCAUGGCGGAGGACGACCCGAGCGGCGGCAACCUGCAUCGCGGUGGUGGGGCGCCGUCGUCACCGCUGCCGUUCGUGUUCGGAGCAGGAGGCGCCGGGGAGAGCUCGGAGAUGACCAGGGGCGUCUUCUCCGGCGCCCACCCUAGAAGCAAGCUCAACGGCGGCACUACGUCCAAGAACCUCAUGGCGGAAAGGCGGCGCCGGAAGCGUCUCAACGACCGCCUCUCCAUGCUCCGCUCCAUCGUGCCCAAGGUUACCAAGAUGGAUAGGACCUCGAUCCUCGGGGACACCAUAGACUACGUGAAUGAGCUAACCGAGAGGAUCAAAACCAUCGAGGAGGAGAUCGGCGUUACGCCAGAGGAGCUGAACCUGCUGAAUACCAGGAAAAAUGUCUUCAUCGGUAGCAGCGAGGAGAUGCCGAUGAGGAAUUCCACAAAGUUUGUCAUCGAGAAGCAGGGCGACGGCGAAACCAGAAUCGACCUCUGCUGCGCCACAAGCCCCGGCGUGCUGAUCUCGACGGUGAGUGCGCUGGACGUGCUGGGGCUGGAGAUCGAGCAGUGCGUCGUCAGCUGCUUCGGCGACUUCGCCAUGCAGGCAUCCUGCUCACAAGAGGAAGGGAGGAGCCGAGUGACAAGCACCGACGAGAUCAAGCAGGCAUUGUUCACGAGUGCAGGCUAUGGAGGAAGGUGUCUCUAGAUCGAGCACAUCAAUUCAUAAAAGCAUGCAGAAGAAGCUAUUUGUAAUUGUAACUUUGUAAUCGUCUUUGUGUUCUAUGUUUGCAUAUAUUUGAUUGAUUUGUUUUGAAAAAUAUCUGCAUGAAUUAAUGUAGUAUAGUUUUUAUGUUAAAUGUUUUGAAUGGCAGUACUAUCUAAAGUUCAGCUGUUUGUGACCAGAUUGUAAUAGUUGGGUGUGUGUCCGUGAGUGUAAUCCGUGCAUGUAUGUAUCAAUGUAUGGAGUGGUGUAUUA